GCGCGUAAAACGUGCGCGUUGCAUUUCGUUAUUAAAACACAACAAAAAAAGUUGUUUAUACACCAACGUCUUGUCUCAUCGAAACUACAUACGAGUAUUUGAAUUUCGUGAUUCGAAGAAUUGAAUCUUUAAAUUGAUGAUUUGACAAACUAUAAAAAUCAUAGCAAAAUUACAAAACAAAUUAUACUUGUCACAUAAAACAUAAUUUGUCAAAUUGCUGAUAUUGUCAGUAAAUGUGACCUAAUAAAUUUCAUGUAAAGUUCUUCUGACACCACCAAAAUGAGUGUCGAAGAUAAACUAGAUGAAGAUUUCCUCUUCUAUCUAGGUUUCACUAGCGGCGUCAUGCAAAAACUCAAAGAAUGCGAUAAACCAAAAGCACAACAAUGGUUGCAAAAACUCUGUGGGGAGGCAUGUUCCACAAUAUCUCAAAAACGCAAUCGCAACAUUUUCCUAUCAAAUUUACUACUGGACCUUCAAGAAAAGCAACUAUCAGGCCCUUUUACACAGAAUCCCGAUGACAUCAAUUUUGACGACGCAGCCAGUUACUUCCCUGCAUUGACUACAGAAAUUAUUACUCCUGCGUGGGUCGAGGAGUUAAAUGAAACAACACCAGCCGCGGAUGAAAACGAUGGGUCACCUGACGGUAGGACCUAUGUUGCUACCAGGGCGAUGCCUGGUGGAGAAGGUGCAUUUGCCUACGUAGCAGUGAACAUGAGUGACGAACCUUUAUGGUUCGGUGGUGGUGAAGGGGCCUUUGAUAACGCAAUGCAAGAGAAAUUCAAAGAAUACGUCCCACCUCAAACAGAAAUGGAGGUAAUUCUCUCCCGACGGAAGGAUCCUCAUGAAAGACAAAGAGUUAUCACCUUCUACGAGGUGAUUCUACAAAACAUCGGCGAUGAGUUAGACGGGAAAAUCACCACGCAAGAGAAUACUAUCGUGGACGGUCUCAUGGACCAAUUAAUUAAAGACUUGCAACGCAGAAAUGAAUACGCACAGUAUGCUCUCAUGCCUGAUAAAGAACGUCGGGUAGAAUUACUUCUGUUAUUGUUUGAUCUCACAUAUCGCCGCAAGCGACAAACACAAACGCGCGAAGAGGUUUUGGACAACAUCGGUGCCGAAUUGGAGCAAUCGUUCUUCGAAGCUUCCGGAAUUGCUGAGGAAAACAAAUACGAAUUGCCCAGUGCAAUGUGGGAAUACUGCAUUAAUAAACCACCCACGAAGAAAGCUAUAACUACUUUGAAAGAGACAUAUCCUCCAUUUUUGGUAGAGAUCUUUUUGCAGUUGAUGGCUAACAUGAAGGAAGAGAUUGCGAUGCGCAUGCAGCGGCGACAUGUUAAUAUUAUUUCGCAAAUGAAACAAGAAUUGAAUACGGAGAGUGUUAAAUUGAAGAAACGGGUUGAUGAUAUUAAACAAGAAAGCGAUCAGAUGGAAGCUGUACUGAAGGCAGUUCGCGCAGCGCGCGAGAAACAAGCUAAAAGUUAUGAAGAAGCUAAUAAGAGAAAGAAAGGUGGUGAAACUAAACUAACCGGGGCUUAUGAAGAAAUGAAAGCCGCUCUUCAAGAAACUCAGCUAGGUGUUGAACAAGAGUCAGAACGCGGUCAUAUGCUCGCUGAACAAAUCAACGCUUUGAAUGCACAAACAGAAAUGUACAACGAGAUAUCGGAACGCACGAUUAUGAUGACUGAAGAAACAAAUAUGGAAUUGAUGAAAAACAUUAAACGGAUGACAGCUACUGUAAAGAUGCACGAGGGUCGGCUGAAUCAAAUCAUGAAAAUGCAGCAGACGGAAGAAAAACCCGGUGGCGCGCAGCAAAUGUUUAUCGUGUGAAAGAAAACUUUUUAAAAACUUACAAAUGUCAAAAAUAUGAUAAAAACAAAUGACAGGAGAUUUUCCU